UGAGAGGAGGGAGAGGAGGCUGGAGUUCGCUCCGUGUGUUGACGCUGGUCGCUGUCAUGUGACUCACGUUUCCUGGUACAGUCGGCAGCGGCUCUCCCACAGCUCACAACACCGCUGACUGAGCGACCUGCCCGGGCAUCUCUCUCUCUUCCCUCCGGCGGCAGACACUCCAAAAACCCUCCGGCGACCAUGACCCGAUACGCUGCUUUUGUUUUGCUCCUCGCCGCUGGGAUCGUUUUCCAGCUGUCAAAUGGCGUUGAAGUGAACGUCACAGACAAAGAGGGUAAAUUAUGCCUCUAUGCAAACCUGAUGGUCAACUUCUCAGUCUCGUAUGUAGCUGCAGAGAAGAAUGACACAGUUGAGAUUGAACUUCCAAGUGCAGUCACAACAGAAGGAAGUGAAUGUGGCCCCACAAGCUCAAAGUUGAAGCUUAAUUUUGGAGACGGGCACUCCUGGAGUGUGAACUUCACCAUGAAUGGAAACAUGUACCAGGCAGACUCCAUCACCUUUUCCUACAACCUCAGUGACUCCACUGUCUUCCCUAGAUCUGUAUCAAAUGAAAUUGCAUCCGUGACCGGGAAGUCUCAGAUUACAAACGUGGGUGUGGAUACCAGCUACUCCUGCAAGAGUAAAGACAUGAUACUUGCUGAUGUGGUCAAUAUGACACUGUCCAACGUGCUCAUACAGGCGUUUGUGAGUGAAGGCAAGAGUAAAAAUAUGACAUCUUGCAGUGCUGAUCAACCCGUAACCUCUCCUCCCCCGACCACUCAAGGCACCAAUGCAACCACCGCAGCCCCCGCAACAACCGCAGCUCCUGUCACAAACGCAACAACCGCAGCUCCUGUCACAGACCCAACCACCGCAGCUCCUGUCACAAACGCAACGACCACAGCUCCUGUCACAAACGCAACGACCGCAGCUCCUGUCACAAACGCCACUUCCACUGCCCCUCCUCCUACCCCCACCCCGACGCCCACCCUCCCUCCUCCCAACACUGGGAAGUACAGCGUCAACUCAGACAACACCACAGUCUGCAUGUUGGCCAACUUUGGCCUGCGGAUUGGUAUCAAGCAAGGAGAGACACAGAUGUAUCAGGAGAUGAACCUCGACCCCAACAAGACCGUGGCCUCUGGAUCAUGUGGAGUCAACAGCAGCGAGCUGCAGUUGGUGUCAGACACUAUGACCAUCGUGUUCACCUUCAUUAAUGACACAGCAAAGUUCCGCCUACAUGCCGUCAACUUCACCACAAAGACGGGCUCUGGUGUGGACAUUAAUGUGGUGAACACCAACCUGACUCUAUGGGAGGCGGCCAUCGGAAGCUCCUACAUGUGCAACAAGGAGCAAAACUACACCAUCACCAACCAGCUCAGCUUCUACACCUUCAACCUGCAAGUGCAGCCCUUUGGAAUCACAAAGGGGGGUUUCAGUACAGCCCAUGAAUGUUCAUUGGAUGACACCAGCAUCUUAAUCCCAAUCAUUGUUGGCGCUGCUCUGGCUGGCUUGAUUCUCAUUGUAGUGAUCGCUUACGUGAUUGGUCGAAGAAAGACUUAUGUCGGAUAUCAGACCCUUUAAAUCACUCCUGUGAUAUCACGGGGCUCCCAAGCCUGGUCCUUGGGGUUUUAAAUUAAAAUCUAAAAAAGUCUCUUCAGGAAAAAAAACCCUCAGAAAAAUUGGUUUUACUGUCUGUUGAUAUUGAAAAUAUUAGACACAGGGUGCUUUAAGAGCAAUUUUGAAUUACAGUCACCUCAAGGGUCUUAGAUGAUAGUAGGAGUAGAAAUCCAUUUAACGGUGGAGGGUUUGGUGUAAUUCUCAAGGACCAAACUUGUUUACCCUCAAUUUUUAAUGUUCCUUUUUGUUGACUUCUGGAUAUUUGUCUUUUCUUUUUUGUUGUGUUUUCUUUUUUUGUUGAUGAGCAAGUGCAAGAUCCCCACAAAAUAUUUUUUCUCCAAAUUUGGAAUAAUCACAGUGACAUGAAAAGUGAUUUACAGUAUGCAGUACAUCAGAGAACAUGGAGUGAUAUCGUUACUGUCUGACUUCUACAUUUUAAAAAGUCUGAAGAUUAUUUUUUAUUGUUUUAAGUAAAAGUGUGACAGUCUGAUGCAGUGGGAUCCUGCACUUGCCUCGCAGAAAUUCCCCCUUUCUGUUUGCAUCAGCCAUCAUUUAAUCUGUGUGCGCAUUUGUACUUCCUUUUUAUGGUUUUGCUUUUCAUCCCCGUAAUUAUUUAAUUUGAAAUACUUAGGAAUCAUAAUGUCACAUCACUUAAAUAACAUUUACAUCAAAAAAUAACAAAGGAGGAUGGUCAAGUAGCUUUUUUUCUCUGUUCUAAGAAAUGAAUUUGAAAGGAUGAAAGUCUUCUUUCUUUGUAGCUAAAGGAAAUAUGCUUUAGCCCAUGUUUGCCCCUGCAGAGCAGGAGAAACAUUGGAAAUAAUUGUCCUGAUUUGUGAACAUGUGAAAUCAAAGUGUGAGUUGUUUUAACCUCUAUAAACCUUUUUCAUGGACGACAAUUAAACAGAUCAAGCAGUAAAAGUCCUGGUAGAACUAAUGACACAACAAUGGCUCAUUUACACACAAAUGUAAAACUGAUGGAAUGAAGCUGUUGUUACUGUUAUUAAUCACACCUCUACUCUUCCUGCUGAACGAUGACAAAAUGUCUUCUAUUAAAAAGGUCUGAUACAUUUGCACAUGUUGCAGCCAGGGAGUGAGUCUGAAAGACGGAGCAGGCUUCUUUUUUUUUUUUCUUUCCUUAGAUGUAUUUUGGCAUUAGGUUCAGAAAAAGGGAUGGUACUAUUGUGUCACUUUGAGCACCGACAAUUCUGAAACAAGGCUAUUUACCUGUAAAUGCACUAAGACGCUCUUUACCUUUGCUUUGUGUUGAGAAUGUUGUAGCAUUGUUUCACCUGUGUAUAGGCCUGAGCUCUGUGGGCUGCCGCUGCAUCAGGGGACGUUAAAGCCCCUGAAAACUGGAAAUCAAAUCUAAAGCAUUACUCCGCAACUUUUAAAAAUAUGUUGAGGUAUGUUUUUAUAAAGACAUUUACCACAGGAUUACAUUUUGGGAACUUCUUGUCAAGAGUUCGAUGAGAAGAUUGAAGAUGAAGCCACGAGCCAUUAGCAUAGCUUAGCACAAAGACUGGAAACUGAGGGAAACAGCUAGCGUGGCUCUGUGUGGUGAAACUGGUAUGAAUCAUCUUACAAAGGAAUUUAAAAUGUGGAUCUAUUCCUUUAUAAUCUCAGCUUGUCUGCCUAUUCAAAACUGUCUGGGAGCAACAGGAACAAAGACCCCCUCCCCCCAACACUCAAAUGUUACAAAUCCAGAUUGGUGCACUGAAAUCAAUGAUAUAAUCUCAUGUGUCAUAGACGUAACAGAGAAUGUUUUUAUGUUGGAGUUGGUCAUGCGCAGUGAGAAGGUGAAAAUAGCUUCUCAGGGCCUUGGGUGUAAGGCGUAGGCCAGCGUAGGUUUCAGUGAAGCAGCGUCAGGGAUGCAGGCAAGCCCGUGCAUGUGUUUCUGUAAAGAUAGAGAGCUGAUGUGACACAUGGUAGUAGCUGCUUAUUGUUGCUUGAUUGUUGCAGUGUCGUGUGCUCUUUGACUCGUUGCAGCUCUUCAUUCAGAGCUGAAGCAGAGCAGACAGUAAACAACACAGAGGAUGAAAACUAAAGAGAAAUGAGUUGGAUUUUAAGUUGCAUUUGAAUUAUGCUUUCCCAGGACGGUGUGCGUGUGUAUAAAUAUUUGCUGUUACUCAAACUCGAGCUUUGACUUUUUGCUUGUGAUUGUUGCUGUUGUGUGUAUUUCAGCUUUGUGUAAACAAACUUGCCUUAAUCAUAAAGAUGCUUUUGCAGCACCAAUGUGAAUGUUUAAGGUUAUGUGUGUCCCUUGUUCUCAGUGAAUCAUCCAACGGGUUCUUUCAUCAUAAUCACUGUGCCUUUCUCAAUAAUGGCGUUGUUUUUUAGUUUAUUCCUCCUCUCCAGCUGAGAACAUUGCACACACAUGUUCAGCAAAGGGAAUUUGUGCUGCAAGACCAUCUUAUUAAAGAUCAAUUCAUGUGUUCUGUGAAAACAAAAUGACUUCGGAUUUCAUCUCCAAUCUCUCUCUUGCUGUUAGCGCUAAUAAAUUUCAAGUUGUGUGUCGGACUGAAGUGGAGCUUUUUAGCAUUUUAAGAUUUCUUGAAAUAAAAAUGUGUUGCUGUCCUGGA